AUGUCCUCUACUCGCGCAGGGUCCCAAACCCAAGGGCAAAAGCCUCCAUAUACUACUGAAGAGUCCUCUGAUAGCGAAUCUGAGGAAGAGUCGUCAAGUAGUGAAGGAGAGAUGGAGGAAGAAGGAGAAGAAGAAGAAAAUUCCCCAUUGUAUCCUGUGACCUUUUCUGGAAAGUCAUCCAUUGUCUAUGACCUUCAGAUGUUAUCUCAUAGCGCAAGGGCGAAAGCCCGGCAUGGACUAAGCGGAGAGUUCUCUGUCGAUAAGUGCAGGCCACUUUAUGGUGGUGGAUAUGACUUCCAUGUCGUUGAUUAUGGUCGCGUCUAUGUUGGCGAAGGACCGAUGGCUUGCUCAUGUCCAGACUUCCAAGCUAACAACGGAACUUUCUUCUCUCAGUGGCUUGUCGAUCAGCUUCAUCGGCGGGUUCUAACUAGCAGACCCUCUGGAGCUCUCAAACUAUCCCAAAACGGAGAAUGUGAAAAACUGGGCCCCAUGCUAGAACUCAUUGGAAAUCGCAUGGAAAAUAUAUGCCAGAAAGUGGAAUGGCCAUACAUUCCUACCCCAGGCACUCCCCCUGAUACACAAUGCAGCUCGAUGUCUAUGUCACGCCCCGAGAAAGCCAGAGACCUCCUUUCAGCCUUCAGUGCAGACACCAUGCCCGAUGAAUUUCGCCCUGAACUUGUGGAAACGAUUAGGCAGCCUCGUACCCCCGAGCAAUGCGUCGUCCAAGGUGACUUCGAGGCCACGAUGUUUCGUCUUGCUGUGCAUGAUGAAAAUGUCUAUGCCAGUCUUCGCAAGGUAAUGCCUUCUGGAGCCCGUGCUGCCAUAUUCUUUGACAAAGUACAAAGACGGAUCCGCUCGCUACUUGCUGAUUUCAAUCGGUACCGACAAAAAGGAACACCAAGACAAUCAGACCAUAUGGCCCUGGAGGUUGAUGUGGUUGCUGACGAGAUGCGAGAUCAUCUCCGGCUAAUCCAGAAGAAUAUGUUUUCUCGCAGUCCGCAUGGCUUCAAAGGAGCAGCCGAGACACUUCUCUACCUUCUUCGUGCAGUCUGCCAAUUCAACUUUGAUGCCUUCGAGACAAGCACAUGGGAGCGUCCUUCUGAAUCGGAUGAAGCAGCAGAGGACCGAAAUUUAUACUUCCAGCUAAUUUAUAACCCAGUCAAUGGCGAUGAUUUCUUUGUUCUCUCAUGCCUGGAGCAGUUACCAGAGGACAUCCUGCAACAAAUCACCCCUCAACUUGAUAAUAUCUUCAGCGACAUGCAAGUGAACGCGGCACCGGUGCCGUACCUCCGAAAACUCCACAGUAUAAUAGCUGGCGACAUUCCGACAAAAACUGCUGUGGGUGCUGCUCUGAUACCUGGUGCCAGCGGGCAAAAACGGCCAUCGACUGCUGCAUCUGGCAGUGGUCGAAAGAGAACAAAGUGA